AUGUGGCAGUCCAAAUCUCCAUUGGUGGCUGCCAAAGAAAGAGAGACAAUUGGGAGAGAGAAGGAGGAGACGGCGGCGAAGACAAAGGGUAGAGGGCGAGUUGGGUUUUUGACUGCUGAAGAGAGAGAGAGAGAGAGAGAGAGAGAGAGAGAGAGAGAGGAGAGAGAGAGAGAGAGAGAGAGAGAGAGAAGGAAUGGUUGCUGGAUUUUGUUGGUACCUUUCUUUUGGGAGAGGAAUGGGAUGGGGAAGGUGGGGGUUGAUUGGGCAGUGGGGCUGGUUGAGAUGAGGGAAAAGGUGGUGGGGCUGACGAUUGAAGGCAAAAAAGAAAGAAAAAAAGAGGAGAUAUUUUGA